CUGUGCUUGACGGACUACCCGAAGAUCGAGCAUGCGGCAGAAUCUUUCGAUGGUUGGACCGGUAAGCAUCCAGCCCCGCGUGGAGGAAUAGUGAACUUCUCUUGCAAGCACCCGCGGGGGUUCAAGGAUGGGCGGAUGGACCACCAGGCCACAUGUUCCUCCUCCGUAGCUGAUACCUGGUGCGCGACGUUCAUCGAAAAUGAAAAGGAUCUCUGUCCUCCUCCACAAACCCCAGAUUCAGUUUUUUCCACAACCCCAAGAAAUGGGGCUCCAUAUUUUCUGGAGAGCUUCUCCACUGAGUGGAAGAAGCAUUUUGACGGUGAAUCUCUCAGAGAAGAAUACGAGGAGGUCAAAUUCUUUUACGGGAAGAGAUUAAACAAAGAAUCGUGCGUGACCCAGUACCCCAGCAUGGAGAACGCCACCGUGACAUACGACGGAUGGGACGGGAAAUACCCAGCACCUCAAGGUUCCCGCGUCAUCUAUACCUGCCCUAAGUCCUUAAGGUUCAAUGACGGAUCGGAAAUCCACAAUGCCACCUGUUCCUCUCGGAUCAAUGACGCCUGGGACAGCUCCUUUCACGACAGGCAUGUUCGAUGCCAAGAGCAA